GGUGGAUCCAAUGAGAUGAGACAUGCUCAGCUCUCCAUCUCGAUGGAUGCCUGUGUUGACUGGCUGAGAAUAUCUUCUCACUCACUAGCAGGUUGAAGGGCUUCUCCAGUAUCCAAUCUCAGCCUGCUAUUAUCUGAUCCACUGAUGCUGUGGUGCCACUCUCCAUAGCACUCGUACACAGCUGCGACACUACUAACAGCCACCCCCUCUUCCUCCUCUGUUGAUAAUAAUGACGGUCCUCAACCAUAGAGUGAUCCAUCUCCGGUUCCCCGCCCUGUUUUGUUUACGCUGAUGAUCCAUGUUGAUCUCUCAAAUUAUUAAGAUUCAAACAUAGGCAGCUAAAUAUUAAUACGUUGCUUCCCCCUCAGCUCCUGCAUCUGACCUACUUCCUCUUGCAUUCUUCGUCUGUUCAAAGUACCUGCAUCCGCAUCUGCAUCCAUUCGCAUACCACCGCCAAUAUGGUCCACCUUGCUACGGUCAAGCGCGACAGCGAAAAUGUCGAACCCCUCGUUAAACGCGUUGAUUCUAUCAAGCUCGAAACCACCGAUGAUGACGAUUUCUACUCUACUGUGUACGGUACUCGGUUUGCGGCGGAGCAGCUGCCCCAGACUGAGAUGCCCGAGAAGGAGAUGCCCCGUGAGGUCGCUUACCGCAUGAUUAAGGAUGAGCUUAGUUUGGAUGGAAAUCCUAUGCUCAAUUUGGCUAGUUUUGUCACGACGUACAUGGAAGAGGAAGCCGAGAAGCUCAUGACCGACUCUUUCAGCAAGAACUUUAUCGAUUACGAAGAAUAUCCCCAGUCCGCCGAGAUCCAGAACCGGUGUGUCAACAUGAUUGCUCGGCUGUUCAAUGCCCCUAUCGACAGCGACAAUGAUCACCCCGUGGGAACCUCGACCAUUGGUUCGUCGGAGGCCAUCAUGCUGGGCACGCUGGCCAUGAAGCGACGGUGGCAGAACAAGCGCAGGGCCGAGGGCAAAGACACCAGCCGCCCCAACAUCAUCAUGAACAGCGCCGUGCAGGUCUGCUGGGAGAAAGCCGCGCGGUACUUUGACGUGGAGGAGCGCUACGUCUACUGUACCGAGGACCGCUACGUCAUUGACCCCAAGCAGGCCGUUGAUCUGGUCGACGAGAACACCAUCGGCAUCUGCGCCAUCCUGGGAACCACAUACACCGGCGAGUACGAAGACGUCAAGGCGAUCAAUGAUCUCCUGGUCGAGCGCGGCCUGGACAUUCCUAUCCACGUGGACGCCGCCAGCGGUGGCUUUGUCGUCCCGUUCAUCAACCCCAACCUGCUGUGGGACUUUCGCCUUGAGAAGGUCGUUUCCAUCAACGUGUCCGGCCACAAGUACGGCCUUGUCUACCCCGGCGUGGGCUGGGUCGUCUGGCGAUCGCCCGAAUACCUGCCCAAGGAGCUGAUCUUCAACAUCAACUACCUAGGCGCCGAACAGGCCAGUUUCACCCUCAACUUCUCCAAGGGCGCCUCGCAGGUCAUCGGCCAGUACUACCAGAUGAUCCGACUGGGCAAGCGCGGCUACCGCUCGAUCAUGGUCAACAUCACGCGCAUCGCCGACUACCUGGCGCAGCAGCUGGAGCAGCUGGGCUUCAUCAUCAUGAGCCAGCGGCGCGGCCGCGGACUGCCCCUCGUGGCGUUCCGCCUGCCUCCAGACCGCGACGAGCAGUUUGACGAGUUCGCCCUGGCGCACCAGCUGCGCGAGCGCGGGUGGAUCGUGCCCGCGUACACCAUGGCGCCGCACAGCAACGAGCUGAAGCUGAUGCGGGUGGUUGUGCGCGAGGACUUUAGCAUGAACCGGUGCGACGCUCUGCUGACGGAUAUCAAGCUGGCGCUGAAGACGCUGAGCGAUAUGGAUAAGGCCAUUCUGGAGAAGUAUACUCUACAUGUGCAAAAGCACGCGGUUAACUCGCACAAGUCCACGCAUAACCAUUCGCACUACAAGAACGAGAAGCAUUCCUUGCAGGGCAAGACCGGGAAGACGCACGGAGUUUGCUAGACGGAUGAUACUCGGAUCGCGCAGGAAGCGGUAGAUAGUAUAUGAUACGAAUGAUACUUUUGCUCAUUUUCUUGAUCAC